UCCUCCCCUUUGCUCUCCAUUCCCUUCUCAAUUCUUCUUCUCAAACAGCUUUUACUUUGAUUUUUUUCCUUUUUUUUUCCACAUCAACAGAUAAGUCCAAGAUUUAGUUGUCUUUGAAAUCAUCUUCAAAUCUCAGUUUCUUCUACUCAGUUUUCAGUAUCUGCAGUUUGGAAGGAGCAGCUUCCCAAAGUGGUGUAUACAAGCUAUCAUGGCAUCUUCCUCAAACACUACCAUCCUAAGCUCUCCUUGCGCUGCCUGCAAGUUCCUUCGUCGAAAAUGCAUGCCUAGCUGCAUCUUUGCCCCUUAUUUCCACCCUGAAGAACCCCAAAAGUUCAUCAACGUGCACAAAGUGUUUGGAGCUAGUAAUGUAGCAAAGCUCCUCAAUGAUCUCCUUCCGAGCCAACGCGAAGAUGCAGUGAACUCUCUCGCUUACGAGGCCGAAGCUCGUAUAAAAGACCCCGUCUAUGGCUGCGUCGGCGCCAUCUCCGUCCUCCAACGUCACAUACAAAGGCUACAGAAGGAGCUGGAUGCAACCAACGCUGAGCUUCUUCGAUAUGCUUAUGCUGAGCAGCGCUCACCAAAUGUUUCAACAAUGAUCAGUCCAAGCUUGAGAGUCCAUUACCCACAUCCACCAUUGCCGGCUCAUGGAUUAUGGCCUAGUUUUGUCAGCUAUCAUCAUCCUCAUUCUCAGAAUGAUACUUGUAGCAACUCUUCAUCAGGUGAGCUCAAUCAAAGGGGGGAGUGGGAAUGAAGCAUGUGAUUUUCAUUAAAGACUUGGGUCGUGCUAAGUUUGAUGGUGUGAGUUUUUUGUUUGAGAGAUAAGUUAAGAGUAUGUAUG